AUGGAACUCUCUGAUGAUUUAAAACAUUUCUUCAGUGCUGCGAGUUUCAGUAGAAGUGACAACGGAAAAAGAUUGCUUCUAAACGACCCAGAUUAUGCAGCUCGAAUACAUCAACUUGAGGCCACUGUGCAGACAUUGGUUAGUGACAUGACAUCAAUGCAAUCAGCUAUAAAAACACGAACACAGAGUGGAGCUGUCUACAUUCGAUGGGGAAAGAAAACGUGCCCUCAACUCAACGGGACAGAAUUAAUAUAUUCAGGAACUGUUGGCGGCGGUUGGUAUGGUAGAACUAGCUCUCCAGCAGAGCUCCUUUGUCUUCCGCAUGAUCCAGAUUUUGUAACAAAAGACUCCGCCACUAAAAAUCCCGAUUGGUUUUCUUCAGUAUACGGUGCUGAAUAUCAAUCAGGCUCAGGGCCUAAUGAUCAUGACGUACCUUGCGCUGUUUGUCGUGCGUCUUAUAGCUCAUCUGUAAUUAUGAUCCCUGGAAAGACAUCUUGCUAUACUGGCUGGAAAACAGAAUUCUUUGGAAGAAUGGCUGCCAGUGCUAAUUACCAAAAAGCAUCAUCACAGUACACUUGUUUAGAUGAAAAUCCUGAUGUUUUGGAAGCAGGAGGGGAAAACAAGGACGGUUACCAGUUUUUCGUUGUAAGAGCCGUCUGUGGGUCGUUAACCCUCUUGCUGCCGGAGGGACACAUAUGUCCAAACCGGCAGUGCCGGAGGGACACAUGUGUCCAUGGAUAA